UACUUCAUCUUUGAAUAUUACAGAAGAAAAUUCCACAAGACAGAGUGAGGAUUUGGGAAGCCAGUUUACAGAAAUUUUCAUUAAACAGCAAGAAAACAUCACUCUCCUUUUAUCUUUAUUGGAGGAAUUUGAUUUCCACGUCCGCUGGCCUGGUGUGAAGCUUCUUACUUCCCUUUUAAAGCAGCUAGGGCCUCAGGUGCAGCAAAUUAUUUUAGUCAGUCCCAUGGGUGUUUCCAGACUGAUGGAUCUAUUAGCAGAUUCCAGGGAGGUUAUCCGUAAUGAUGUAAGUUAAAUUUGAAAAAGAAGU